AGUGACAAAUGUGGUCCUUGAACGACAUAUAGCUCGGGCAAAUGCGCAUGGCCUUCAGGAGUACGGUUUUAUCUUGACCUCAACGCGUGACUUCCAACUCUGACCUUGAACUUGGAGUGGCUACAUGUCGGCGCUCCAUACAUUUGCAAUGAGGUCAUACAACGUUCAGUGUGUCACCCAGUUGUCACUGUGAUGUAGACAAACAGAAUAGACUGCAGUCUGUGGUUAAACAUCACAGCAGCAGCAGAGAGGAGGAGGAGGAGGAGGAGGAGGAGGGGGAGGAGAAGAGGGAGGAGAAGAGGAGGAUGAUAAUGCAGCGCAUCCUAAGUUAUGGGACACUGCGGCGGGUGGCAGCAGCACGCCCGUUACUGGUGGGCGUCAGCGUCCCCGAGCCACCAGUAGCAUUUUGCUGCUGUGUCCUCCGCCUGUCCCUGCCGCCGCCCACAGGCCGGCGCUGGCUGUCAACCUCAGCCUCCAGCAAGGCAGCACAUCAGCCAAAACACCAGCCACCACAGGAGGAACCACAGUCCAGCUCCACGCCUCAAACACAGGAGGUCCAGAAAGGGGAAGCUGGGCCUGAUGCUGCAGAAUUGGACCCUCUGCAGGACAAGUCCAGCGGGCUGGUCCAGAGGUUUAAGAAGACCUUCAAACAGUAUGGGAAGGUGAUGAUCCCUGUACAUCUCCUGACGUCCUCCGUCUGGUUUGGAACCUUCUAUUACGCUGCUAUGAAAGGUGUGAAUGUAGUGCCAUUCCUGGAGAUGAUUGGUCUGCCAGAGUCACUAGUUGGCCUUUUGAGAGACUCCUCGAGUGGCUACGCUCUGACCGCGUACGCCAUGUACAAGAUUGCAACCCCUGCUAGAUAUACGGUUACUCUGGGCGGCACGUCACUAUCUGUCCAGUAUCUCCGCAAGCACGGCUACUUAUCCACACCACCACCAGUUAAAGAAUACUUUCAGGACAAAAUGGAGGAGACAAAGGAGAAACUGACAGAAAAGAUGGAAGAGACAAAGGGGAGAUUUUCAGAGAAAAUGGAGGAAACAAAAGAACGUAUCUCUGAGAAAAUGGAAGAGACUAAGGACAAGCUUUCUGGGAAACUGCAGGAAACCAAAGACAGAGUCUCCGAAGGAAAAGCGUUUUUUAGAAAGAAAAACGAUUAGCGAAUCAUGUUUUCAGGUGGCUUCUGAAUAUAUGAUCCUAUUUUGAUCUCAAGAAGUAAUCAGUGAGUUUGUGGCAAGUAACAGAUGACACUUAUGGGAGUGUUUGGAAAGACAGUGUGCUAUGCCUUUCCUAAAUUUUCACCUCACAAAUUUCAGUUAUCACCUGUAAUCUGUUUAAAUGUCAAAUUCAGUCCUUAGUUGUCCUCAAUUGUCUGCCACGAUGCACUAAGUGUAGACUAGACAGCAGCUUAGCAGAGUCCUGGCAGUGCUACAUUCUGUCUCCGUCAUCUCAGACUGGAUUUACCCUGGCUCAAGUGAUCUGGACUUUAACUCUUGGUUGGCUAUUUUAAAAAAAAAAAAAAAGCUGUGUUCUCGUUUCUUUUCACAUACAUACGAAGGGGAAAAGACGUCUGUGCUUCAAAGGGAUAAAAUAAAUAUCAAUCUACCUGUGUAAAAAAAAAAAUAAAUAAACAUUAUCCAUUAAAGACUGAA